AUGUCGACCCGCUAUCACCAAGCAGCAAGUGACAGCUACCUGGAACUUCUGAAGGAAGCCACCAAGCGUGAUCUGAAUCUCUCAGAUGACGAUGGCAUGACACCCACUCUCCUGGCAGCCUACCACGGCAACCUGGAGGCCCUGGAGAUAAUCUGCAGCAGAGGUGGGGAUCCUGAUAAGUGCGACAUCUGGGGAAAUACUCCUCUACAUUAUGCAGCCUCCAAUGGCCACACCCACUGCAUCUCAUUCCUGGUCAACUUUGGUGCCAACAUCUUUGCCCUAGAUAAUGACUUGAAGUCUCCACUGGACGCUGCUGCCAGCAGGGAGCAAAAAGAAUGUGUUGCUCUCCUGGAUAAGGCUGCCACCAUACAGAACACCACGAACCCCAAGAAGGUCAGCCGACUGAAGGAGCAGGCUCUGAGGAAUGCCAGGAGGCAGAUGAAAGAAUGCGAGCGUCUUCAGGAGAAGCACCAAAACAAGAUGGCCCGCACCUACAGCAAGGAGGACUCGGGGACUCUUCCUUCUUCCCGCGGCACCUUCCCCAGCUCGUCGCUUUCCAAGGCUUCUGCUGGUGGAUUUGGGUCACUGUCUAAAGGCAUCAAAGAUACCUUUAAGCUAAAAUUUAAGAAGAACAAAGAUACCGCAGAGCAGGUGGAGAAGGAGGGCAGGAACGGGCAGAGGCAUGUAAUGGAAGUGUUCAGAGAGGAAGAAGAAGACUCAUUUACAGAGGACGUCAGAGAGAAGCUCCAGUUGUCAGCAGAGAAAGCCAGGGACGCACAACACGAGUCUAUUCUCAAACGUCCGGGGCUAGGGAGUAUUGUUUUUAGAAGGAACAGAGCACUGGACCUUGAGGACAUCUCCAACAGCAAGAGGGAGUCGGGCUUUAAAAUACCCAGUGAGUUGUUCCAAAGACAAGGAGCGGCUGAUGAAGAGGAAGAUGAAGAGGGAGAGGCAAACAGUAUUGCAGGUGACCUUCCUUGGGACCAAGAAGUAGAAUGGGAGGAAGAUGUGGUGGACGCCACCCCGCUGGAGGUGUUCUUGCAGUCUCAGCAACUAGAGGAAUUCCUUCCCAUGUUCAUCAGAGAACAGAUGGACCUAGAAGCUUUGCUGCUUUGCUCUGAUGAGGACCUUCAGAAUAUCCACAUGCAGCUGGGCCCCAGAAAGAAAGUCCUGAAUGCCAUAGACAAGAGGAAGCAGGCACUUCGGCAGCCUGGGCAGCUGGGGGACACCAGCCUCUGA